AUGCCCUUCAGUUUCUGGAUAAGUCUUGUUGGACAGCAAUAUAGCUGGACAUCCAGCAUCUUCUAUAUUGGAUAUCUCGUUGCAUCAUACCCAAUUUCGCUUGGUUUCGUGCGAUUCCCACUGGGGAAAUAUCUCAGCGUUUUGAUCUUCCUGUGGGGUGUUGUCUUGACCCUUCAUGCCGUCACCACCAACUAUGGGAGUCUCAUGGCCCUUCGAGCCCUGCUGGGUGUAUUUGAGAGCGCCAUUAGUCCCGGAUUCUCUCUGAUAACCGGAAUGUGGUAUACUCCCCGAGAGCAUGUCUCGCGACACUCGAUUUGGUUUGCAGGAAAUGCCAUUGCCGGCAUCGUCGGCUCUUCCAUUGCAUAUGGACUACUGAAAUACGAAGGCAGCUUUCCCCAAUGGAAGAUUUUAUUUCUAUUAUUCGGCCUUAUGACGGUUGCGUGGUCGGUUGUGACAUUUUUCUACUUACCCGACUCCCCACAAACAGCCAAGUUCCUAUCACCCGCGGAACGAGAGUGGGCUGCGCUUCGUCCUUACAAAUACCAGAAGACCAUCCAGACCAAGUCAUGGGACCGACAUCAAUUCAUAGAGAGCCUGGCAGACAUCAAGACAUGGUGGUUCUUGCUAUUCUCGUUUGUGAUCUGUGUGCCCAACGGGGGCACCACAAGUUUCAGCACUCUGAUCAUCAAAGGGUUUGGCUACGACAAGUUCCAAACGAUAUUGAUGGGAUUGCCAGCGCCCGCCUUCCAAUUGACCACGGUCAUCCUUUCGGCACUUCUGAGCUCAACUUUCCGCAAGUCCCGCCUGAUUAAUCUGGUGUUGCUGUUCCUCAUAGCCCUAGCGGGAAUCCUCAUGGUGAAGCUCCUGCCGCAAAGUGAAAAGAUCUCCCGACUAGCCGGAUUCUGGCUUGUCACGGCAGUUUCCCCGGCGUUCCCACUUAUGCUAUCGCUGGCAGCAAGUAACAUCGCAGGCUUCACCAAGAAAUCAACUGUCAUGGCCGUGAUCUUCUUGGGCUACUGUGCAGGAAACCUCGCCGGACCGCAAUUCUUCAUUGCAUCAGAAGCGCCGAACUAUCAUACGGCCUACACUACCAUCGUCGUUUGCUAUGCAAUUACCAUUGGUAUGGUCAUCGGCUUCCGAUUCUACCUUUCAUGGGAGAACGCACGCCGAGAUAAGGAACAGGGAGUAAAGAUCGAUCCGGAGGAGACCCGUCGCGUGGAAAUCAAUACCGACGGGGAUAUGCCUCAGGUUGACCAGACCGACAAGCAGAAUCGUUCUUUCAGGUUCAUUUUGUAG